GGGAACCGCAGUCAGCAAGCUCUAGUAAAGCCCAUGACCGCAUAGUAGAUAGAUUAAUCUUAUAGUAUUUAGGAUCGGAGGGAGUAGUAUAGUAGCUACUCAUUAAUUAGUGAUAGAGAUUAGCCAGUUGAAGGAGUGAUAGUAUAUAGGGAGGGAGGGAGCUGCAUGGCCAUGGACGCGAUGAGCAGCGCGGUGCUGCAGGGAGGCUGGAGGAAGGGCCCCUGGACGGCGCUGGAGGACCGGCUGCUGACGGAGUACGUGCAGCAGCAGGGCGAGGGCAGCUGGAACUCCGUCGCCAAGCUCACCGGGCUGCGGCGGAGCGGCAAGAGCUGCCGGCUGCGCUGGGUCAACUACCUCCGGCCGGACCUGAAGCGGGGCAAGAUCACCCCCGACGAGGAGUCCGUCAUCCUCCACCUCCACGCCAUGCUCGGCAACAGGUGGUCGGCGAUCGCGCGGUGCUUGCCGGGGAGGACGGACAACGAGAUCAAGAACUACUGGCGGACGCACUUCAAGAAGGCGCGGCCGUCCAGGCGGGCCAGGGCGCAGCUGCUGCACCAGUACCAGCUCCAGCAGCAGCAGCAGCACCGCCAGUACCUCCACGCCCUGCACCUCCUCCAGCAGCAGCAGCAGCAGAUGCAGAUGCAGAUGGAACAGGAGAGCCACCACCACCAGCCGCAGCAGCGGCAGGUGACGAUGAUGAUGCCGCAGCAGAGCCCGCAGGACGCCGACCUGCAGGCCGUGAUCACCGUCGGCAACAUGAACAACAACAUGGAGACUGCAGAGUGCUACUGCCCGUGCCCGGCGGAGUCGGCGGUGCUCGACCUCCCGCUCCCGGCCGCCGACGAGGACGCGCUGUGGGACAGCCUAUGGCGGCUCGUCGACGGGGAGGACGGCUCCAGCGGAGGCGACUCAGGCGAGUGCUAGCUAGCUCUUGUGUGUGUGCUAGCUACACUGCUACCACUACUACGGCAAUGUGUAAUACUGGCCGCAGGGAUAUCAUCCCGGUGGUGAUAGCUAGGAAGGAUCAUGCAUGCAUGUAUGCUUAGCCUGAUCACGCAUGCCAAUAGUUCUUCCUCUUCAUGCAUGCCUCGUGUGUUUACCUUUUUACCCAUGACCAUGAGCCAUGAUGAGCCCAUGAUCAGGUGCACUGUGCCAACCUCUUCAGUUAGCAUGUCAACAAAGCUAGCUUGUAAAUUGCAGCAACAUGUAAUUUUGGCCUCGGUUCUCAAUCAA